UCUGUUUUAGUAACUUCGAGAAUGUCAUGGGCACCAUGGUAUUUGAUAGCAAGUAGACCGAAAUCAAAUUGCGGACCGACUGCACCAAGGUUACUUUACCAGAAAGUGCACCCAUCAUAGAAAGUACACCCAUCUGCCCGCCUUCGUUCUCCCCCUCAUUUUACCCGCCGGUAACAGUUACCACCUCCCCCCUUCCUUCUCCCUUAUUUAAGCAAAUCCCGAAUCCGAUUUCCGAGCACUUUAUACCUUAUUCCCACCUCCAAUUCCGCUCGAGAUCUGAUGAUUACCCCGUCCGCUCUCGCUUGUUCCCAAUUCCUCGGCGCUCGGAUCCCAAGUCCCUCCUUCUCGCCGAUUUCUAAGCUCCGUUCGUCCCCACGCUGCGCUGCGGCGAUGGCCACGGCGCCGGAGGCGACGCUCUACGACGUGCUCGGGCUCACCGCAGGGGCCACAAGCGGGGAGAUCAAGGCGGCGUACCGGCGGCUGGCGCGGGCGUGCCACCCGGACGUGGUUGCGGCCGACCUGAAGGGCGCGUCGGCCGACGAGUUCAUGCGGAUCCACGCAGCCUACUCCACCCUCACCGAUCCCGAGAAGCGCGCCGACUACGACCGGCGAUUGAUGGCCGCGACGCCGGCGGCCUUCGGCCAACAGCGGUGGCCGCCGCGCGGCCCGCGGCCGUUCUACUCGUCCGCGUCGAGCACCUCGGCGGCGACCUCUUUCUCCGGCUUCGGUCGCCGGACGUGGGAGACGGACCAGUGCUGGUAGCAGAAGACCGGCCCGGGGAGGUCCGGACCGAGUUCUGCAGGCCGGAAGGGGGGUGAGCCGGUCCGGUGGGCGGACCGGUAUUGUUUGUGUUUACCAAAAUCUAUGAAGGAUUUUGGGACUACCGGAGCCGUCUCCGGCUUGCAUGAUGUUGGUGGAUGAAGGCAAAUAUAUUUCUAGCAGCCUCAGCCAUCCUUGCACUGAUUUCAUCAUUCUAAUUUAUUUUUUUCUUUCUUUCUUUUUGCUUAUGAUAUGUAAAUAUCCAAGUAUAUUACGAUGUUUCUUGAACCGGCUUAUUAUUGGAUAUGAGAUAGCUUUUUGUAGUGUAAUUUUGUUUGGCUUGAAGAAAUUGAAUGGCUAGCUGUGCCGGUAUAUGAAGCAAA